AUUACUGAAAAAAUAUUAUUAUAUUAAAUAAAAAUAUUUAAAAAAUCCCUUUGACAGAGGAUCUUAUCUUUAGUGCUCUUUAUGAAAUUUGAUGAGAAUUGAUACCAAUCUCUUGUUUGUUUUUCUUCUUAAUUAAUAAUUGUACACAUAAUCAAACAAAAUUACCUUAACCUACGCGUUUUGCACUUUAAUUAGAGCUUAAUCCUCCACGUAAUCCCUCCUCAAACCACCCACAGCCUCACUAGCGGCAGGUGCACUUCACUCUCCUAAACCAGACAGCGUUUACAGAGUCUCUCCACUGGCUACGUGUCCCCAUACGCGUGUGACGCUUGUCUUCGGAAUCAUCAAAACCAUGUUUGCCACAGAAUGGUAAUAUAAACAUCCUUACACAGAAGAAGAAGAAGAAGAAGAGGAAAGGAGUUUUGGAGAUCACCAGAAUCUUUGUUGAGUAAUCCCAGAGCUAAAUCUUAUCAAAAGUUAUUACCUUUGUUACAAUUUGCUGUAAGUUUUUGGCUUCUGAGUUUAUAAAUUAGCUGUUUUGUGUCAUUUAGCGAACCGGGUUUGGUUUUUAGAAGCUAUAUGGUUCAAGUUAUGUAUUUGGGUUCGGUUUGUUUCAAUUUAUCAGUUUUUUAGGUGAUAAAAAUUAUCCAUUUAUAUCUGAUUUUGUGACCUUGGUUUUUGUUCCUUUUUGGGUUAAUAUAUUUAACAGGUUAGAUAUUUGGGUAUUGUGUAAUCAUCUGGGUUUUGUUUAAGGUGUUCUUUUGGGGGGUUUUAUGUGCUUGUCUCUGUAGGGGCAUGGUGUUGCGCAGCUUUUGUUGUCAAAAGUUGCUCCUUUGAUUGGUCAUAGUGGUGAUGUGUGUGUAUAAAGAGCUAUAAAAAAAAUAUUCCGUUCGAUAUUGUUAUUUGUUAUAUAAUUGUGCCCUAUGAGGUUUUAUAGGAAAGGGAAUUGCUUUUUCCUUCAGUGUAAUCUUAGGUGUGGGAAUCCAUUUCUGGGAGUAACAGUGUAGAGGGUUAGAUUCUAGCUUAUUUUCUUUUCCUUAGGUUGGAAUUAGAGCAUGUUUAUUGCACCUCUUCUAUAAAUCCAUUUGGGGGCAUAACAUAGGUAGGGAAUUUUUCAUAUUUGAUAAAGGAUUCAGUGUGUUUAAAGCUUUCUAGAUAUUGUAUACUAAGAGGAGCCAAAUGCAAAGGGUUAGAUUAUCAUCUGAACAGGCACUUGUUCACAAGCUAGGGGAUUCCCAAAUGACAUUAUCCCCAAAGUUUAGGUUCGCUGUGAUCCAAUCAUCUUUAUUAAGUCCUUCUUUGGAGUUAGAGUUAUCUCUCAGAGGAGAACCCCUAAUUCCUGGCCUGCCUGAUGAUGUUGCACUUAAUUGUCUCCUGCGACUUCCAGUUGAGAGUCAUGCAGCCUGCCGAGCUGUUUGUAAACGAUGGCAUCUACUACUUCGUAACAAAGAGCAGUUUUUCACCCGUCGGAAGGAAUCAGGAUUGAAAGACCCUUGGCUUUUUGUUUUUGCCUUCCACAAGUGUACUGGAAAGAUUCAGUGGCAGGUUCUUGACCUUACUCACUAUUCAUGGCAUACUAUUCCUGCAAUGCCUUGUAAGGACAAAGUCUGCCCCCAUGGGUUUAGGUGUGUUUCAAUCCCCCGAGAUGGUAGUCUGUUUGUGUGUGGAGGUAUGGUCUCUGAUGUUGAUUGCCCUCUUGAUUUGGUCCUAAAGUAUGAGAUGCAAAAAAAUCGCUGGACUGUCAUGAACAAGAUGAUUGCAGCUAGAUCAUUUUUUGCUAGUGGAGUGAUUGAUGGGAUGAUAUAUGUGGCUGGAGGAAGCAGUUCAGACCUUUUUGAGCUUGACUCAGCUGAGGUUUUGGAUCCUGUAAAGGGGAGUUGGCGGCCAAUUGCAAACAUGGGGACAAAUAUGGCAGCUUAUGAUGCUGCCGUAUUAGAUGGGAAGUUUCUUGUGACAGAAGGCUGGUUGUGGCCAUUUUUCGUCUCUCCUAGGGGUCAGGUAUAUGAUCCAAAAACUGAUAAUUGGGAGAGUAUGCCUGUUGGACUGAGAGAAGGGUGGACUGGUUCAAGUGUGGUGGUUUAUGGGCAUUUAUUUGUGGUUUCGGAGCUUGAAAGGAUGAAGCUUAAAGUUUACAACAGUAACACUGAUUCCUGGGAAACAAUAGAAGGGCCUCCAUUACCGGAGCAAAUAUGCAAACCUUUUGCCGUAAAUGCAUGUGAUAGCACAAUUUAUGUUGUGGGGCGAAACCUUCAUUUAGCUGUGGGUCGAAUCACAAUGCUGAGCACCUCUGAGAAAAAGUUGAGCUUCAAGGUGAAAUGGCAUGUUGUUGAUGGUCCAGAACUUUUUUCUGACUUGACACCGUCGAGCUCUCAGGUUCUGUUUGCUUAGCCUUUUAAAUAACCUUAUUGUCAUGUUUCGUUUGUUAUUCAAAGAACUUUUAUCAAGAAAAUUAUCAAAGCUGUAGAGUGGCAGUAGCUGUGUGUUAUUAGAAAAUGAAUGUAGCAUCUAUACAACUGUUGAGCUUUUAUUUCUCCUCUUUUCCCUGGAAUGGUUCCCCAAGUGAUGUGUUUACUUGUACCCUUCUGUAGAGAUCAAGUGUUUUCCUUACAAUUUGGGAUAAUUUAUUAUUGUCUAAAGCGCGCUUAUGUGAGUUAUUUA